UUCCGCGCUCUGAACUUGUGGCACCUCCGACUUGCCGUAGAUCAGCCUCGCAUAUAAAGGCGGCUCCUCGCAGCCUCCGUGCUCCUCUCUCACGUUUACCAGGCUUUCAGCUGCUGUCACCGGAUCUCUCUACUGUCAGAAUCAUGGCCGAGCUUAAGGAGCGUACCUUUAUUGCCAUCAAGCCCGAUGGUGUGCAGAGGGGCAUCGUUGGAGAAAUCAUCAAGAGGUUUGAGGCUAAGGGCUUCAAACUUGUGGCCAUGAAGAUGGUUCAUGCCUCUAAGGAGCUCCUGAACCAGCACUACAUCGACCUGAAGGACAGACCUUUCUUCCCUACCCUCAUCAACUACAUGAGCUCUGGACCAGUGGUUGCCAUGGCUUGGGAAGGCAAAGGUGCCGUGAAGACAGGCAGAGUGAUGCUCGGUGAGACCAACCCUGCUGAUUCCAAGCCUGGAACCAUCAGAGGAGACUUCUGCAUCGAUGUCAGCAAGAACAUUAUCCAUGGCAGCGACUCGACAGACAGCGCCAACAAGGAGAUCGCCCUGUGGUUCACAGAUGAGGAGGUGGUCAAGUACGAAAGCUGUGCCUUCAGCUGGCUCUACUAAGCUGUACUCGCUUCUGCAGCAGUUCCCUCACUGGUCAGAGACCACUGAAACUUUUGCCCUCAGAUUUCCAGUUUUUCAUCUGUAGCAAAUGGAAGAACUUUCAAGUUCCUCAUGGUCCCCACAUUGCCCUCAUUCACUCAUCCCAUUGUCAUACUGUACUGGGAUCUGGUCUCUGCGGAGGUCUAGUCUACAUUCCUGAGCUCAUUCCAUUUAGUGACAUUCCACCUUCUCCUUGACAGUAGUUAACGAUUUGAAACUUGUCCUUGACUGUUGUUUAAAGGUGAUCUGCUUUUCAAUAAAACGCUCACAAUACCAA